AUUCAGGGCCUGCGCUAAGCUACCCAAGCUGCGAAUAUCUGCUUUCACACACGCAGCGCCCGCCGCCGCCGCAAGCCACAGCCUCGCACUGUUCGGCUCCGUCCAUGCAUAGGACUGUCGAGGCCCUCCUGCUCGCCGGUAUCAUGGCCCAGCCGCCGCAACCUCAGUUGGACAGUAUGCAUCAGCAGAUUGACCAGGUGGACUUGCAGCAGCGGAUUGACCGGCUCGAAGAGCAGAUCGCGGCCCAUGCCACGGCCAACGCCGCGGCCCUCGAGGCCCUCGAGGCUCGAAUCGAGGAGCUGAGGGUGGAGCCAAACCUCGUCACGGACCUGGUGUGGCUGGGGCGCGCCCUCUUCAAACGCGCAGGUGAGAAGUUGGUGCAUCACGCAGUGGAGGCCAGUCGGCUGUCGGUGCCGGCCGAGCAGUGGGACAACACGGUCACGUGGCUCAUACAGAACUACGGCCCGCUGGCCUCCCUGCGCCAGGUGUUUGAGCUGCUGGUGCGCACGCCCGACAGCAGCCAGGUGGCGCUCACGUCCGCACACACAGCCACCUACGACGGCGGCUGGUUCGGCCUCAGCGCCGACGUCGAGGUCACCCUGCCGCCGCCGCCCGCAGCAGCCGCCGCCGCCGCAGCCCGGACGUAGAGCAGUCGCCGCGCACCUCGUCGUUUGUUUCCUGUGUGUACCCGCGCGUGCGGUCAUUUCGGCGCGUCACAGGGCGUGCGGCCAUGGUUUCGCGUGGUGUGUCAAGUGGGUCCCUGUGUAUGUAGCGGACCCGUGUAGGCUGGUGAAGUGCCGGGUAAAGGUGUCGCCUUUGCGGACUCUGUUGGUUACUUGGUGGCCGCUGCGCAGCCUCCUGAGGCGCGGGCAUGUCAUCCCGCUUUGGAAUGCGCACGCGGGGUGUCAGCGUACACUGUCCUCGAGGUGGAGGCACGAGUUGCAGGGUGCAUUGCCUGGCUGCUCGUCGGCCUUGAGUGCAAACACAUGGAAGGAGGGUUGGGGUUGUCUUAAAUGAUGUGCUGGGAGAGGCUGCGCGGCCGUAGGACUGUAUGCGGCCUUAUGCCCAGAUGCCAGAAUACCACCUGGCUACCCGUGACCAGAUAGCGCCUGCGGGGGCAUCAUUUCUUGCGCUGUGUGUCUGUGUAUGCGAUGGAAAUGUUGGUCAGGAUGCUAGGGCUUGACAUCCUGGAUUUUGAUGGAGAGGCCUCUGUCCUCAGGAGCUUUCAUUUUGUUUUGCACUUGUAGUAUCCUGGUGUCACGAAUACCGUACAUGAUACUACACCCCUGUGCCCACGCGGGAAUCGUAACGUCAGUGGCCGGACCUGUGUGUGUAUUAGCGUGUGGCUGCAUUUGUAGGUUCGUUACAGCAGAUAGCAGAGCGCAAAAGGCAGGCAAGCUCAGGUUUGGCAUACGCUUGGCGUGACGCAUCCAAGAAGCCUGCUGCCUAGGCAGGCCCCGCUGCCGUUGCCUGCGCGGCAGUUCUGCACAGCCUACGGAAGUAAGGUACGGUAACGUGAGGUGGGAACAGGACAAUCACCGCUGAGGCGUGCUGAGGAUUGUAAAAGGAAUGCGUCAAGGGUGUACAGCAUAGGACGUCUGCCCAGUGCAUGAGUGUGAAUGAGUGGGUGGCAUGAGAGAUCCAGGAAGAUUACAGGACAGCAGGGAGGCCGGCAAGGCCUCAUGCUGCUAUACUGCAAUGAAGUUAUGGCCAGUGCUCGUAUCUUCUAUCUACACUGUAGAAAUCUGCCCCAAAUCCGCCGAAGGCGGAGAAAAAUUUUUGGGUUUGGGUGCCACGCAUCUACGCAGUGUAGACGGUUUUGGCCGGUUUUGGCACAAAAAUGGGGGAAGCGUAGACGUUUUGGGGGGCUUGGGGGCUUAAGUGUAGAUGCCGCGGUCAGGGUCAUCUACGCAUGUGUAGAUGCCGGGUGCCUGAGGGCAUCUACAAGAUACGAGCACUGGUUAUGGGGCAUCCCGCCCACAUUCAGCGCAAGGGAGGCGACGCCCGCCGCUGUCGAUGUGAAGGCUCCACCACGUGUGGCAGCAGCUGGUGGCGGUGGUGGUGAUUGUAACACUGCUGCCACCACGGAAGUCAGUCUUCGCAGGUGCGCCUGUGCAGGGCAGAGGGUGGCGGCAGACUGGCAGAGCUUGCAUUACGACCUGGGUGUUGGGCACCCUUGCUUGGCCGGACUGUCCCUUCUUGUAAUAUCGCCAGGGG